GGUUUUGACAAAUCCGGGAGCAGUGGGGGCGUUUUCACUCGUUUGUCUUUUGCGGGAAAGGAGGGAAGAGGAAGCGGAUGUGACCCGUGAAAGAGGAAUCCGUGUGUUGAAUUUCAAUUUCUAUUCCUCCGUCUUAUCAAUAUCAACACCCCGACCAAGCAGCGAAAGAUCCCUCGCACAGUGCAAUCUGUCUCUGUCAGUUGUUUUUAUAUAAUUUUGUUGACGAGGAGGAGGAGGACAGGACCAUGAAUAAUUCUAGACAGGAGACCGACAUUCAACAACACCAAGUGGAAGAACAAAAGGAGGAGGAGGAAGAGGAGGUGAAGGCGGAGGAGGUACCUCCUAUGAAACCUUGCUCAGCCAAAACCCUUUCGCCCGACCAACAGGAGCUCGACCACACCAAAUUUGUUAACAAUUCUGAUACUUCCCCUCCUUUUGCUGAAGAAGAAAACCGAGCCAUGGCGGGCACGGUGUACCAGCUGUACCUGCAACAGACUCCCGACAGUUUACAGCACAAGAUGACCUUUCCCGAACUCUGCAGAAAAUACAGUGCAAUUGCAUGGUGUGGAAGGUUAAAUGUAAUAGCAUGCGCUUCUGAGACGUGUGCAAGACAUCCAAGCUCUAAUGUGCAACCGCCAUUCUGGAUACCUGUUCAUAUGGUGAGUCCAGAGCGUCCAACUGAACACACAGUUUUUAAUGUAACUGCAGAUGCUCCAUGCGAUUUUGUACAGUUCAUUGAGUGGUCACCAAUAUCAUGCUCUCGUGCAUUGCUGAUUGCUAAUUUUAAUGGGAGAGUGAAUAUCUGGAGUCAGCCUACUCAGGGUGCAGUAAAUCUUGCACGAGCUGUGAAUUGUUGGUAUUGUGAGCAUGAAUGGCGUCAAGACCUUGCAGUUGUGACAAAAUGGCUAUCUGGAAUGUCUCCGUAUAGGUGGAUUAAUGCAGGUUCAAAUGCUUCAGCAAACUCUAAGUUGAUUGUUGAGGAAAAGAAUCUUUCACAUCAACCUCAAACAUCAGCUCGCUGGCCAAAUUUCCUUUGUGUUUGUUCAGUUUUUUCAUCAGGCUCUGUUCAACUUCGUUGGUCUCAAUGGCCCGCAAAUCAAUCUGGCACAUCUCCAAAAUGGUUUGCCACAAACAAAGGGUUAUUAGGAGCUGGGCCGAGUGGCAUCAUGACAGCUGAUGCUAUCAUAACUGAGGCAGGCACAAUGCUUGUAGCUGGUGUCCCUAUUGUAAACCCAUCAACAGUUGUAGUUUGGGAAGUUACACCAGGUAUUGGAAGCAAUCCGCAAGCUACUGUCAAGACAAGCACAGGAAUUGGUGUUCCACCUUCAUUAAACCCUCCAUCAUGGGCAGGCUUCUCCCCAUUGGCUGCAUAUUUGUUCAGCUGGCAAGAAUAUCAAUGUGCAGAGGGAAAAAGUACACAAUCACAGCAUGCUGUAGAGGCGAUUGAUCCCAUUUUACUCAACUGCUCCCCAGUUUCUAAUUUCUCUGCUUAUGUAAAUCCUGAAAAAGCAGCUCAAUCAGCAGCAACUACCACAUGGGCGUCGGGGGUUUCUGCUCUUGCAUUUGACCCAUCUCGUGGAGGGUCGGUCUUAGCUGUUGCAAUUGUUGAAGGACAAUAUAUGUCACCACAUAAUCCUGAUGAGGGACCCUCUCUAACCGGCUGGAGAGUGCAGCGAUGGGAAAGUUCACAUCAGCAGGUUGCUCUGCAUCCCCUUUUUGAAAAUUCUAGUUCUAAUUCUGGUGGACAAUCACCCAUGACAACUAUCUGGACAUAUACUGUCAAUCAAAGCAUACCUCCAAUGAAAGGCUAUAAAGCUUCUCGGUUAACUGCUACACAAGGAAAUUUGUCUGGAGGCCAAACUUCAGGAGAUUCUGAUGGUCUUAAUGGUGAACAUUAUAACCCUGAGGAUGUAAAUGAAAACAAUGAUGUACGGAUGCUUGCGAAAAUUGGCUUUUCGGGUCACGAUGGAGAGGUUGCCUUUGCUUUUCGCUAUGGUGAUGUAUACUUAUUCUCUGGCAGCAACUUUUCUAAUAUAGACUAUUACUGUGCCCCUGUUGGUGCUUCUGUUGCACUACCUGCUUUCUCUUCUACAAGCUGUUGUCUAGCAUCUGUUUGGCAUGAUAACAACAAAGACUGUAGUGUUUUGAAGAUUGUGCGUAUUUUGCCACCUGCUGUUACCAAUACUCAAGGGAAAAGCACCUCAGCAGCCUGGGAGCGCGCUAUAGCAGAUAGGUUCUGGUGGAGCCUCUCAGUUGGAGUUGAUUGGUGGGAUGCUGUUGGUUGUGCACAAAGUGCAGCUGAAGAUGACCUAGUGACAAUAAACAGGAUAAUUGCAGUUCUGGAUUCAGACUUCCAUUCACUUCCUUCAAUCCAACAUCGACAACAAUAUGGUCCUGCUUUGGAUAGAAUAAAGUGCAGAUUGCUUGAAGGAACAGUUGCGCAAGAUGUUAGAGCACUUGUUCUAGAUAUGCAGGCAAGGUUGUUGCUUGACAUGUUGGGAAAGGGCAUAGAGUCUGCUCUUAUAAACCCUGCAACUUUAAUACCAGAUCCCUGGCAGGCUUCUAGUGAGACCUUAUCAAGCCUUGGAAUGGAUGCAAUGACUGUUGAUCCAGCUCUUGUUCCUAGCAUCCAGGCAUAUGUUGAUGCUGUUCUUGAUUUGGCUUCUCAUUUUCUUACACGUUUGCGGCGAUAUGCUAGCUUUUGUCGCACAUUAGCUAGUCAUGCUGUUGGAGUACCUGUUAGUUCAGGAAGCAGUCGUAAUAUGGGUGCAAGCCCAACUGCUGGAGGGACUUCUUCAUCUCCUGGCCAAGGAGCUCCUGGAGGAACAGCAAGUAACUCUGGAAAUACACAAAUGCAAGCAUGGGUCCAAGGUGCUAUUGCCAAGAUUAGCAGUAAUGCAGAAGGAAGCCCAUCUACAACUCCUAGUUCUGUGAAUGGGCCAGCUCCUCUAUUGCCGCUUAGUGUCAAUACAGCAACUUUUCCUGGAACUCCGGCUGUGAGGCUUAUUGGAGAUUGUCAUUUCCUUCAUAGGUUAUGUCAAUUGUUAUUAUUCUGUUUGAUUUUUCGCAGAAGGCAGUUGCCUCGCUUUAUGAGUGGGGCCCAAAGAAAUCCUGAUAUGCAGGGGGGCAAGCCACAGCCAGGCUUUGGAGGCAAAAAUAUUGAAGAACUGAAUCCAGCUGCUUCUAGGCCCUCUUCGACAACAGUUGUUAAAACUGAAGAUGGAGUCAGGCCUGGGCAAGCAAUUCCUGGCCUCAAAGGAUUAGAUGAAAUUUCUAAUAAUCGACCUGCACGCUUAGGAAAUGGAAAUGCUGGUCAAGGAUACACAGCAGAGGAGGUAAAGGUUCUUUUUCUUGUAGCAGUGGACCUCUGUAAGAGGACGUCACAAUCACCACACCCUCUACCGAAAUCACAAGUUGGGGCUGCAAAUGUAAAUAUACGCUUGCAUUACAUCGAUGGGCAGUACACAGUUGCACCAGAAGUGGUAGAGGCAUCCCUUGGACCCCAUAUGCAGAAUUUACCUCGACCUCGGGGUGCAGAUGCUGCUGGCUUGUUGCUUCGUGAGUUAGAACUUCAUCCUCCAGCAGAAGAUUGGCAUAAACGCAAUAUGUUUGGUGGACCUUGGUCUGAUCAUGGAGAUCUCCAAGUCUGCUUAGAUGCACACAACAUAAGUGCAACUGUAGCAUCUUCAUCUGGCAGUUCUGACUUGUCAACAGGUAUAUUCUCAGAUGACUAUCAGGGUGUGAAAGGACUAUGGCCAAGGAAACGAAGAUUUUCUGAGAGAGAUGCAGCAUUUGGUCUGAAGACAGCAGUGGGAAUGGGAGCAUACUUGGGAUUAAUGGGAUCCCGAAGGGAUGUCAUUACUGCAUCAUGGAAAACAGGUUUACAUGGAGUAUGGCACAAGUGUUUAAGGUGUGGACGUCAAACCUCUGCUUUGGCUUUGCCUAAAUCUUCAACCUCAGGUAAUCAAAACAAUAUUCUUGAACUGUGGUGGAUAGGAAGAUGGGCUUAUGGGUGUCCCAUGUGUGGAGGACCAUGGGUACAUGUAGUCUAGCAACUAUCUGUGUACAAAGCAUCAAGACUUUCUACUAUGUCACAAGAGAGCUUCAUGCCAUUUAUCCAUAGAACAGCGCUCUGUGAGAGGUUUAAUUCCAUUUUAAGGAUUAGAAAUCAGCUUUCAUAUGCCUUAUUCAAACGGUGUCACAAAGAAAGUAUAUGUUUGCAAACCUGCAAAUGGCAAAAGAGUAGAUUUUUCUAGUCACAACUUGAUGCCUAUACGUGUCUGGAAUGUAUAAUGUGCUCGUUUUUCAUCUCAGAAUUUUUUUGGAGAACAUUAUAACUUUUAGUUCCAAGUCAUUGAGAUUGCAAUUGAUGCCAAAGCAGUUAUUCCCCGUGAGGAAAUUUCCAGAAUCAGAUAUUGUGGGCAAUUUGUCAUGUUAAGGAUUUUGUAAAGAAACUUUUUAGAUAAGAAAUAUCAUUGUAUAUCAUUGUAUA